AUGGCCCCCGUCUCUAACCUUCCUGAGCUCUCCUACAAUCAAUCCCACCCCGAGCCUGCCCACUCCGUUAUCAUGACUCCUAUGUCCGAGUACCCCGAGUACGAUUUCUUCAGAUCCGUGCCUGCAACCCCUGUAGCCUGGACUCCCGCCACAGAAUACUCCGAGCAUGACUUGUUUGCUCAGGCUCAGUCUCGUAACAGCCGACAUGCAGCUAUCGUCAACCGUAUCGAUGAGCGAGGUCCAGAAGAUGCCGAACCGUCUUAUGCUCUGCCACCGGUUGACGAAGGUUGGAGGGCGUGGUUGUUUUUGUUUGCUGCUACAGUCAUCGUGCUUUUGGUCUGGGGCCUGCCUUUCUCCGUCGGGAUCCUCGCCUUGUAUUGGAACGAUACACUAUUCAAGGAUCAAGGUGGGCUCGCUACUUUGACGCUUGCUUCGACUCUUCAAAAUGGACUGCUUUAUAUUUGCACCGCUGGUGCUGGCUUUCUUAUGCCGGCGCUUCCAAGAUGGCAAUGCGAACUCCAAUUCUUCGGUCUUCUUUCUGCUGUGGUCUCUAUGAUUGGCAGUGCUUUCGCUACCAAGCCCGUACACAUUCUCCUCUGUUUUGGCUGCGUCUAUCCCUUCUCCGGCAUCACCUAUAUGCCCUGCAUCACCCUCGUCUUUGAGUGGUUUCACGUUCGCCGCGGUCUCGCUACGGGCAUUCUUUACGCCGGCACCGGUCUCGGCGGUAUCAUCAUGCCUUUCCUCGUAUCUUUCCUCCUCGACACAGUGGGAUACAAAGCCACCAUGAUUGGUUUCGGAGUCGGGUACGCCCUUGUAGGCUCUGCUGCUAUCCUCGCCAUCCGCCCGAGAAUUCCUAUAGUGCCAAAGUCGCAAGGUCAGAGAGAGAAGCGAGGGGCCAAUGUCAAUUGGGCAUUCUUGAAGAGCCGGGGGUUCAUUGUGGGGACGAUGAUGGUCUUUCUGAUGAGCCUCGGCAACUUUAUCCCGAGUUUAUGGCUCCCUUCCUACGCCAACGCGCUCAACCUCACCAACCCAAGCGGCACAAUCAUCCUCGUCAUCCUAAACGCCUCCUCCAUUCCCGGCAAUGCCCUCAUGGGCUACCUGUCCGACCGUAUCCCCCUCAAACUAGUCAUGCUCCUCAACCUGGUGAUAGCUGCUUUGUCGUGUGCGAUCCUGUGGGGUUUUGGUACGAACGGGGGCAUGUUGGUGGGGUUUGCAAUCAUCUUUGGUGCCUUGGGGUUGAGUUUUGCAACACUCUGGACGGGCAUGAUUUCGGUCAUUGCUAAGGACGACCCUGUGGCACCUCCGCUGGUGCUCGCAAUAUUCACACUUGUCAGAGGUGUCGGCAGCUUGGUCUGCGGACCCAUUUCACAAUCCCUUUUGACACUAACAGCUCUGAACGGCAAAGCCAGCGGUGCUUAUGGUCUUCACAACUAUGGCAUCCUCAUCAUCUAUGCGACUGUCACCAUUCUGGCCGGUGGAGCCACGGGACUCAUGUGGAAGUCUUAA